GCUGACGCUGAGGAGUGUUUCUGAUCUGCUCCCUCCGUUGGGCGUUGGGUGGGCAGUCUUCGACAGAGGACGAUACUGUGAGGAUUGUCUGUCUGUGAUCUGGUGAUCUGUACCCUCCUCGAUGGACGGCAUCUCCCAGAGCCUGCUGAGUGGUGGCGAGAAGGCAGCGCACGCGAGCAGCUGCCGGUCGGGUGACGAAGAACAAGCCCGUGCAGCAGCAGAGCGUCAGCAGUCGGCCGGAAUGAGCGCGUCGUCGCUUCUCUCCCAGAUCUCACUCAAGAUCUCAGUUUUCAGCCACGACUGUGACAGCAGCCGAGGAGGCGGGACAAGACAGCGCACAAUGGCGGUGCUGUCCUGGCUGGCCCAGCCGGAGCCGGCCGCUGUGUGCCGAUUCUGCCACUCGUGUGAUGAGACUCCUGAGACCGGCAUAUUCUUGGCGCCUUGCGGCUGCCGAGGGACACUCAGAUGGGUUCACAAGACGUGUCUGGGCGGCUGGGUGUGCGCUCCGGGGAGGAGGAGGAAGUCGCUGUGUGACGUCUGCCGGACGUGAGCUGGGUACACAGAGGUAUCUGUGAUUGAUGUGCAUUGGUUACCCUGUGUGUUGGUUCAGGCGUUAUGACGUUGGUCCACGCGGCCCUUUUCGUCUGCCUGUCGGCCUCAUCCCAGACGCCAUCUUGUCUGUCUCAUACAGUUUAUUGGCCUGUUUGCCGCUAUUGGUAGGAGUCCUCUUCAGCUGCGACGACACCAACAUAGUGGCCAGAGGGUUCCCUCUCCACCGAGUUAUCUCCACGGCCAUCUUGGUCGGCCUCACUCUAGGAGCGUUCGAUUGGCUGGCGGGGCGGCAACAUGGCGGCAGCUCUUCGCUGCGGUGUGGGGUGCGGAUGGCCAUCGCGUUUAUCGCUACGGUUGCUGGCGCGCCACUGGCAGUGUUCGGCAACGACAUGUGGGCAGCGGGCGGCGGGAUUCGCGCCUGGGUUAUGCGUGACGCGGUCUGCGACAAGACGAGAUGGUUCUUGAGUAUGUCGGCGACUUAUUAUGUGUAUUUGGUCCACGUAUCCGCGAUCUGCCUGCCCUACUGCCUGCUGAACGGCGAGAGGGUGCACCAGGCCACACGAGAGGCGCUAUUGCGGCUGCGGCACCAACAUGCUGCUGAUCCUGGUGGACUCUUUAUGGGCGUGGUGUCGCUCUACUUGAGGGAGGGGGCCUACUACGUACUGAUAGCCACCUGGUCACUGCUGCAUUUGGGGGUCUCAGCUGAGCUCUGGAGCCGAUUCAUCCCGACCUAUGUGGUCGUCGCACUGCUCGUGGUCGGCUGUGUGUGGAAGCGGCAAGCGAUGGGCCAGUCCAGUGGGCUCACGGAAUGGUGCACAAGCCUCGCGGCAGGACAUAGCCUCAUCGUCGCCGUUAAUGCCAUGGGCAUCUUGACCGUGCAUCUCUUUCCCAAGGCCUUGUCGGCGAUGGGGUUAGAGUGCAUGUGGCUUAAGGUGGCGGUCGGUGCUGUGCUGGCCGGCUGUUAUGGAAUCUCCACUUACAAGGCACAACAUGUCAUGAUCAGGUACGUCAGUAGCCCUGCCUGUGUCUGUGUCCAUGGCCGUUUCACUGCCUGUCUCUGGCCCUCUCUCUCUCUGUGUGUGUGAUGUGUGUUUGCCUGGCCUGCAGUGCUCCCUCUUAUCGGCCCUUCGCGUAUCUGCUACCGGGCGCAUAUGACGGGUACUUCGAGUCACAGAGUGCUGAGCAGAGGGCAACUGACGUGCCUGUGUGAUUCACGGAGACAUAUAUAUGCUGUCCGACCGAUGCUGUCCGUAGGCAGGCAGCCUGUGUGUGGGGGAGGGCGAAUGGUGUGGUGUAUCUGUCUGCCGGCAGGAGGUCACGAGGGACUGACUGGACUGUCUGGCUAUCUCCCCCUCUCGCCGUCUCUCCCUCUCUUUCUGCCUCCGUGUGUGUGUGUGUGUAUGUGUAGCUUUAUCAUGAUCAUGGCCUUUUAUCGUGAUAGAUCAUGAUCGAGACUGUGUAUCGUAAGUUUCUGCACUUGCCUUGCUGCCAAUCCGAUGGGUCGGUUGGCGGGUGUAUUUGUAUGUGUGUAUACCUCGGUGGGCGGACAUGAUGACACACACACGUCCCGAACCGAUAUGGAUGAAUCCCGAUUCCGAUUGGAUGAGUCGAUGAUAGACGGACGGGUCGGGCAUGUUAGAUAUCCACACACGAGAGGCGAAGGACACAUCUGUCUGUACAGUACACGGCAGGCAGGCAGGCAGGCAGCUGAGAGAGAGAGCAUCCGCGUACGCAGCCAUCAAUCAGUGCAUGGAGACGGGGAGAGCAGAGAAAACUGGAAAGACGCGCACGGCAAGUGAGUCAAAUAGAAACGAUGAAUGUCAUGUCACGGGCACACCACCCGCUUCCCCCUGCGAGCUCAAUGGCGACCUUCACCGAGGACGUUUGUACGCUCGUUCGUCGGUAGAGGACGAUACUGAGGAUUGUUGUCUGUCUGUGAUCUGUACCCUCCUUUGAUGGACGGCAUCUCCCAGAGCCUGCUGAGUGGUGGCGAGAAGGCAGCGCACGCGAGCAGCUGCCGGUCGGGUGAUGAAGAACAAGCCCGUGCAGCAGCAGAGCGUCAGCAGUCAGCCGGAAUGAGAGCGUCGUCGCUUCUCUCCCAGAUCUCACUCAAGAUCUCAGUUUUCAGCCACGACUGUGACAGCAGCCGAGGAGGCGGGACAAGACAGCG